AUGGAGAGCACGUUAAAGGCACAGAUACAGAAGAUCUCCAAUAAUUUGAAUGAAAAACUGCUACGAGAUGGCUGGAUGGAUGAAGUACGUCGAAUGACCAUGGAUGAAAUUAGUUCAAAUAAAUCUACCAACUAUGCGGAUAUUCUAGCUAAGAUAGAACCUCAAGCUCUAAGUAUGUAUACCAGCGGAACUUGCUUUUAUGUGCUAUGUUAUUACUCUCAUUAA